AUGAUAGACCACUCCUUAGUCCUUAUAAAAUCUCUUCCCCCUCCUUUUACUUCCUCUCCUCUGGCUUUUACCUUUCUCUCCUCUGUUUUUAAGAACAAAGUGCAUCAAAUCUCUCUCUCUCUCUUCCUCACAAACUGGAAACAAAUGGGACAGAAGACUGUCAGUCUGAGCAGAGCGUAAUUUAAGUAUUGUUUGAAGAAGAAGAAGAAGAAUAUGGGUACCCAAUCUUCAUUCUUGGUGGAUGCUCUCUACUGUGAAGAAGAAAAGUGGGGAGAAGAGAUGGAAGAUGAAACUGAGGAUUCUGAAACAACCACCUUAACAACAACAACAAGAACAGAAGACACUCAUCCUCCUGUUGUUGUUCUUCCUCUGGUGUUGGUGGAGCAAGACAUGUUCUGGGAAGACGAGGAGCUUCUCUCUCUCUUCUCCAAAGAAAAACUCACCCACUUCAUCUCCGACCCUUCUCUCUCUCUCCCCAGAACAGAAGCCGUCCACUGGAUCCUCAAAGUCACUUCCCACUACGGAUUCUCCGCCUUGACUCCAAUCUUAGCCGUCAAUUAUCUCGACAGAUUCCUCUCCACCCUUCACUACAAGAAAGACCAGCCCUGGAUGGUUCAACUCGCCGCCGUCACUUGCCUUUCCUUGGCAGCAAAAGUUGAAGAAAUCCAUGUCCCCCUUCUUCUAGAUUUCCAGGUGGAGGAUGCAAAAUAUGUGUUUGAAGCGAAGACCAUACAGAGAAUGGAGCUUUUGGUGCUGUCCACGCUGAAAUGGAGGAUGAACCCAGUUACCCCACUCUCAUUUCUUGAUCACAUUAUAAGGAGACUUGGAUUGAAGAACCAUCUUCACUGGGAGUUCUUCAGAAGAUGCGAGUGUCUCCUUCUCUCUCUCAUUCCUGAUUCAAGAUUGGUACGCUAUUUGCCGUCUGUAUUGGCGGCUUCAACCAUGCUUCACGUCAUUCGUCAAGUUGCGCCUUGCAAUGCCGACCACUACCAAAACCAACUUCUGGGUGUCCUCAAAAUCAACCAGGAGAAAGUGGAGGAUUGCUACCAAGUCAUCCUCCAAGAUUUGUCAAACAAGAAGCGCAAACACAAUAGUAACAACGUUAAUGAAGAUGUUCCGGGCGGUUGUGUGAUUGAUCCAAAUUUGAGCUGCGAAGAAAGCUCAUCAUCAUCAUCAGAUGAAUCAUGGGGGGGCAUACAGCCUCUCAUGAAGAAAAGCAGAAUCCAAGAGCUAGUUAUAUGAAAUUAAGAUCCAUUUCUUUUACAAAUUAUUGGUUGAUCUGAGCAACAAAUUGUAUGCGUGCUUAAACGUUCAAGUUCGUCUCGUCUCGUCUCGUCUUCUACAGACAUAAAAAUGGAGAAAAGACAAAAAUAGCAACCAAGAAUAUGAAUAUAUGUGCACUCCAUCUCCUCUCUGUUUCUCUCUCUGAUCUACUCAUCAGUGAUCCUUAUCAAUCUCAAGUCCCUUUCAUGCACAA